GUCACCUGUCCUUACGUCUUGUCCCUUUCAUCCUAUCGCUUUCCUCAAGUCUCCGUUGAACGUCGCUUUCCGCAUGUCAUUGUCGCGGGGCUCGGGCUCGGCUUGGUUGGCCGAGCCGAGCAGGGAGGACGAGCGGAGCGCAGAGCCAGAGAGAGGAGAUACAUUAGGGUUUGCGCCGCCGCCGCCGCUCGCUGUUCCUUUCCGCCGUUCGCUGCUUUCCGAUCGUCUCUUCGGUGACGCACUCGAGAAGCGCACAUUGCUCGUGGACUCGCUCAUCCGCGAGUGCAAGUGCGACUUGUCGAGUGACGAGUUCCUCAAGGCGGUGCGCUACGCUGGCCCCCUCGUGACCGUUCGUCGCCCUACCCCAGAGGAGUCGGUCUUCGACGCUCCUCCGGGCUACUUUGCCAUCCAUCUUAAGUCCCUUGAGAGCGGCUUCCGCUUCCCCCUCGAAUCUUUGGUCAUCGACUUCUUUAAGUACUUUGACUUCCUCCCGUGUCAAUUGGUGCCAAACUCGCACCGGUACUUGGCGGGGUUCUUGAUCCGCUGUCGGGAGAUGGGCGUGCGUGCCGACCUUGAGCGCCUACUGACCCUGUUCCGAGUGGCUAAGUCUUUCGGGUCGGAUGGGGGUUCUUUUGCCGCCCUCUGCCAGCGGCAAGAGAGACUUUUUAAAACCAAGAAGGAGUCCAACAGGACUUGGAAGUCCAAGUUUGUCUUCGUCUCCGUGGGGUCAGCCUCCCCCUUCCGAGACACUCCCCUCAGCUCUUUUCGUAGACGAUCCAAACCCUUUGCCUCUUCCAAGGCUAUUGCUGAUACGGAUAAGUUGUGUUCGGGUGGCCCUUACGAGCCCGGGGUCUUAGUGAAUGACGAAGCUCUUGCCAAGUUCGGGUUCGUCUUCCAUGAUGAGGACAAGCCCAAGCGCCGCGUCGUCCAGAGCCAGCUUGAGGAGGGACCCUCAGGUGAAAUAAUGAUUUCCGCGACCGAUCGGAAGAAGCUGUUCAAGUCUAAGGUGCGCGCGGAAUCCAGCCAAGCGCGGCCUCCGCUCCCCACUCCCACACCGACCGCCGGGCAUGCCCAGGCGAGUAAGAAGCGCAAUGAUAGCUUCAUCCCUCCGCCAGACCGAAUGGAGAUAAGUUCGGCCGCCACGCAGGACCUCGCCUCCACCCUCUUGCUUGAGUUAGGCUCGGUGGCCAUGCGCGCCCUAGAGCUGGUGGAGCGCUUCGAGUGGUAUGUGGCGGAGAAGGCCAAAGGCGAAGAGGAGCUUAGGAGGCUACAGGAGCAUGUGGCUAGCCUCGAGGGGAAGCUCGCUGAUGCGGAGGAGCGGACUCGAGUUGCGGAGCAGGCCCGCAUUGCUGCUGAGGAGAAGGCGCGCCGUCUUGGUGAGGAAGCCGAGCAUGUAAUUGAGGCCUUUCAGACCUCCCCCGCAUUCGAGGAGGCGGCUCUCUCCCGCAUGGACAAUCUCUUGAAGGUCUGGGCUCAAACUCCCGCCGGCCAGCGUCUCCUUUUCAAAGAGGGGCAAGCCAAUUACUCCAUGGGAUUGCACCGGGCUCAAGAGGUUCUGCUGGAGCGGAUCCGAGAUGGGAAGGAGCUCCCAAAGCCAUGCGAGAACCCUGAGGAGUUUGACUCAUCCAUCUACUACUCCGAAGGCGAGGACGCCACUGGUGGGGGUGAGGACACCGCCGGUAACUGAGCGUGGCUGGCCCACCGAUGAACUCCACCCUUAUUUCUUUUUUGAUGUAAUGUUUUUGUGCUUGAACAAUGUAUUUUUGCACUGUGCAACUAUUACCCUUGACUCUUCGUGGUUUGUGAUGCCUUUAUUGUUUUGCUCCGACCCUUAAUCGUAUUUCCUCGAAUAAGUUUUGGAGGCCGAA